AUGUCAUCAAAUGGGACAAUUCGAACAUUCUUCGAUUUAGCUGCUAAUGGAACAGCAAUUGGAAGACUUAUUUUUCAGUUGAGAGAUGAUAUCUGUCCGAAAACAUGUGAAAAUUUUCGAGCACUUUGUACAGGUGAAAAAGGAUUUGGCUACAAAGGUUGCAUUUUCUAUCGUGUUAUUCCAGGAUUUUGUGCAUGCAGCGGUGAUUUUGAAACAAACAAUGCUGAUCGAAGUGGUGGACGUUCAAUUUUUGAUGAAAAAUAUUUUGAAGAUGAAAAUUUCAUCCUAAAACAUGACAGUCGUGGAAUUCUAUCCAUGGAUAAUUAUGGAUGGCCAAAUACUGUUAGUUCACGAUUCUUCAUUACUUUCGAUGAAACUCCAUGGUUAGAUGAUUAUCAUGUGGCAUUUGGUAAAUUGAUAGAUGGAUUCGAUACUUUUGAUUGCUUAGAAUCGUACGGUAUUUUGGAAGGAUACGGUGCACAGAAAGGACGUACCACUGCGACAAUUACCAUCGAGAAUUGUGGACAAAUUUCGUGA